AUGUGUAAUUGUGACUCUGGUGAAGAUGCGACUGAUGAGGGCAUUAACCCCUAUGCUCAACUGCUUCCUGUCACAGGCUUGUUCCUCGGUGGAACCACGAAAGCAUCAUCGAUUGAAGUCGAAAUUGGCCCACUGAUUUGCAAUCGACGGGUCUCGUUUGAAUCGGUGACGUUCUCGGACAGAAACGCUCGUAUAAGUGGCAUCCGAUCGCUGACGUCCAGAACUUUCGACCUUAUGCUUCAAGCCAAAUUCAGUCAUCUUCACAUGAGUUUGUUCACUUGGGAAAGUGCCGACUCGCUCCACUGGCUCCACCUCUACAUUCAAGAUGGUAAAAUUGUGGGUGAAAUAGUGAAUGGAGGCGAAACAGCCCAAGUAGUUACCGAUUCCAUCUACAACGACGGACGAUGGCAUACGAUCUACUGGGAGGCGGACACUCAUGGAAUGAGGCUGCGAGUCGAUGGCAGGACAUCCGAAACUAAUGCUACACUCAUAUUGCCCAACGCUCAUCAGUGGACAAUAGGUUCACGAACAGAACGUGGAUCAUCGGGUUUUGCUGGCGUUAUACGAAGUGUCCAUCUAUGUGGAGAAGAGCUGACGUUGAGCUCGAUUGUCAGAAAAGACUAUGAUAAAGGUGUUCAUAUUGGCGAAGAGGGAUACUGCCGUGUGGGUCUGUGCAAGAAUGGAGGUGUUUGCGUUGAUAAAUACGAUGGCUACACCUGUGACUGCACACAAACUCCAUUUGGAGGCAGUGACUGUAAUAAAGAAUACAGCAUGUUCGUUCCGGCUGGUUCCUUCCUGCAGAUUCCGUGGCAGAAUCCAGCUCAUACUAAUAACUGCCAUCAGAUUGCCAUCCAGACCAGCGUCACCAACGUCUCGCUGGUCAAAUCGAAGAGCUCCUUUGCUGAGUCAACCUUCAACAUGUCCAUCACUCCGCAAGAAUUGAUGGAAGACCGAUCAAUACCACUUCGAAGAAUGGCACGAUUCUUCCAGAACUUCAACGUUUGGACAUUCAUGGACAAAACGAUUAUCGGAUUUGGCGGUGGCCGGCCUGUUGGCGUUGCUGCUCGCGAUUCUUGUGUGCUACAUGAGAUCUCGUCCAGAAGGCGUGUACAAAACGAACGAAGGUGA